GUACAUGGCAGUGGCGUCAACUCAAGAUAUUCCCACUAUACCCACGUCGUCAUUUUGCCGACGCACCAUAGUACGAAUAGACUUCGACGCGUGAGCAUCGCCCCGGAGACAGUGAAAGAAAUAUUUUUUACAAGAUGGACAAAUAAGCAUAUGUCCCAAGAGACAUUGUUCACAAAAAACAAAAUGGAAGACGGAAACAACAACUUGACUCCACUUAACAACGCAUAUCCCCAAAAGUCAAGUUGGAGAUGCCUCAGAGAUAAUUUCUGUGCCAUCAGACGCCUUAAAGACGAGUUUUGGACAUAAUAUAUAUUUUCAGUUUAAAGCCUCCCACACAAUAUGGACAAGCAAGGACCUCCGCCUCCUGGUUUUGCACCGCCUCCACCAUAUUCAGGACCACCGCCAAUGAAUCCAGGACACAUGGCACAACCGAACAUAAUUAUCAUGCAAAAUCCAAAUUUGGGACCAGACACACAGCCUAUGACCUGCCCACACUGUCACGCCAAUAUAUCUACAAGAGUUGUACAAGAAUCAAGUACAAAGACGCAUCUCUUUGCUCUACUGCUCUGUUUAAUGGGAUGCUGGCCAUGUGCUCCUUGCCCUUAUUGUAUGGACUCUUGUCUCGCAACUAAGCACUAUUGUCCAGCCUGUAAUGCAUUUCUGGGCCAGUACGACAAUUAAGGAUUCCAAAUAAUUAUUUUUCUCUACCGAAGAUACCAAGAAGAUACACUUUUCCGGCUAGUCAUCUAAUACAGUAACAGUGGCUGUAUAGGCGCAAAUGAUGCCGUGAGUCAUUAACGAAAAUUUACCUUCCACGUACAAUUUCAAGAUCAAAACAAUCCUCAACCUACGUAUUAGGUUUUCGUAUUCCUUUAUAGGCAUAUAUUUGAUAUUUUUUAAAAAAUAUAAUCGUCUAGCAACAACAACAUGUGAUUAUAUCGAAGCCAUAAAAAAUCUACUAAAAUACCAGUGUAACAAUGAUAUCUUCGAUCUAUUUUGACAAAGAACAAGUUUCUUCAAUAUGCAUUACUGUGGCACAGUUUAUAAGUUUAUUCAACGAUAAUGAUUAUGUCCAAAAAUCUUUACUAAAGAUAGGACUUGUUAUUAAAAAAAGUUCUUUUUCCAAAUCCUAUACAUUGAAUUGAGGAAUGAUAUAUAAUACGUUAUAUACAAUAAUAUAGAGAUAUAAAGAAUAUUCAUUUGAUAAAACGCUUUUGAUGUCCGUUUUAAUAAACAUCAGUGACACAUUUUCGCUAUUUACGAAUCUGCGUUCAAUUACAAAUGAAAAUACACGUUCUAAGCAGCAAGUUCUUGUUCCACGUUAUUUACAUCGUGGAAUCGAUUUACCUUUAUCUUAAAUAGAAAAGUCUUCAGAUGAAUGUCUACCUUGUGAUGGUAUUUUGUAUUACAUAUUUUUAUGCGUAAUAAAAGUUAUAUGAUGUACACGUUGAGAA